CCGGGACAAGAGAGCAUACAUACAUCGUUUUGACAAAUUUCAUUCGGGCUUUAGGAACGAAACGGUAAAAUAAACCUUAUGGUACUUUGAUCUUUUUUUCCGGAAUACUGCGCGACAAAUAAUCUACAAUUCUACAAACGAAGUUAGCAGACGUGAUUAGAAAUGGACUUCGAUCUGCCGCCUUCACUUCCUCUCAGUGGCAUACCUUGGGAGAGGGUUCUCUCGCCGCUGAUCCCUCAACUAAGCGGAACACUGGGUCCGUACACCUGGGUACCAUCGGAGUUUCAGAUGCCCGCCACUGAACUCACUGGCUCUUCGCGGGCAAGUCCAAUCACCGCCUGUGAUCGCAGUGGGUUUACCGUACAAGUUGACGUGAAGCACUUCAGCCCGGAGGAACUCAUGGUGAAGGUGACCGGAGACUUUAUAGAGGUUCACGGAAAGCACGAGCAAAAAAAGGAUGGGCCGGGAUUGGUGUCGCGGCAGUUUAACCGGCGGUACCGGAUCCCAGAGGGAGUGGAUGUGGCCGCACUGGAAUCCGCAGUAUCCCCAGAGGGGAUUCUGGUCAUCUGUGCCCCACUGCUACAAGGGGAAAGCUCCCGGCCUCUGCCUCACACUGGGCCAUGAGCCUGCGGUUCCAAAGGACAGACGGAGAGACAAACUAACCAUGCGCUCCGGUGACUCAACCCAAAAACACCACUGCCUUCCACUGUCUCACACCAACACAGACAAACUAGCCAGUACAGCAAGACCCUGAUCCAUUAACAAGCUGCUUGUAGAAACACAUAAUGCACUCUGACUGCAACAUACGCUACAUCACACCAGUGUAUUCAUCCAAACAUUUUCCUGUUAAUUUCUUGUGUAAAUACUAUUAAUCACAAUAAAAUACAUGGAUAUUUAUAUUUUUGUAACAUAACAAACAAGAUUUGCACACACACUGUAGUAGUAUAGCUUUGGUUCCUUGUUGAGCACAAAUGUAUCCCCAAGGCUGGUACACUAAUGUGCUUUCUUCAACAAAAGCAGCAAACCCUGAGAUUGUUGUACAUUUUGUAAUUGUUUAUUGUGAUAAAAUAUGUAUGGCUUUGAAAACAAGCAUACGAAUAUACAGAUAUGUUUAUUUAUGUACAAAAAUGAAUGUGUUAUUCCUGUA